GUCAUGGUAGAGAGGGAAUUUCGUUCGAGUUCGCUGGUCGAAGUCAUUUGGAAUGCUCCUAUGACUCGACGUGGUUGUUAUAUCUUGGGAGAUGAUUGCCGGAUAACCGUUAGCACCGAUGCAAGGCAAAUUCUUCUUAAGGACAAAGUGUCCAACACUUGCAUCGACAAAAAAUCCGUCAUUUACAUCUUUUUUCUUCAUUUUUUGAUUCCUUUUAUUAUGAUUUGAUUUCAGAAAAUGAUUAACGUUAUUUAUAUGUUUAUCCUGCAAGGUUUGAUCCAAAGAAUUACUUGCUUUCGAUCAUGAGUUGAAAGGAAAGAAUCCAUAUUUAGGUUUGAUCCAAAGAAUUACUUGCUUUCGAUCAUGAGUUAAAAGGGAAGAAUCCACAUUCAGGUCUUCUUUUCUUGUUUAUAUAAUCUCACUGAUAUAAUCCAAGAAAGAGAUGUAUCAGUCCCAACACAACAAUGAAGUGAUCUUCGAUCAAAACCCUUUAAUUAUAUUCCAGCAAGACGAAAUCCUUGAAGAUCUGCUGCUGGAUCAUGUUUUGAUGGACUGCAGUCAUUUUGCAAAUGAAGACGCCAAGAAGAGGAAAAGAAAAUCAUCUACAGGUGUUAAAGAAAAGAAUAUUGAUGACAGUAGCAAUGAAUACAAGCUUAGGAAAAUUAUGCAUAGAGAUCUUGAAAGGCAAAGAAGGCAAGAAAUGGCUAACCUUUACGCUUCACUUCGAUCCCUUCUUCCUCCUGAAAACAUCAAGGGAAAACGUUCAAUAUCUGAUCACAUGCACGCGGCUGUAAAUUACAUUCAACAAAUGCAAAGGAAAAUUAAAGAACUUCAAAUUCGGAGAGAUCAACUGAAGAAGUUCUCCAAUUCAGGAAUCUUACUUAGUUCUGAUAAUGGAAGCUCUUCAAACAGUGAUUUGCCUAAUUUCGAAGUCAUAGUGAAUCGUGGCCGGGAUGGAGUGGAGAUUUUAAUCAGCUUUGUAUCUAAAGAUGAAGGAUUUCCCCUUUCAAAAGUGUUCACUGAACUUCUUGAAAGUGGGCUUAACGUUGUUAGCUGUGUUUCUACAAAAGCAAAUGAAAGAGCACUUUAUAGAAUUCAGUCCUCUGAGGCCAAUGACUCCAGUACUGAUUUAUCUUUGCUGCAAGGAAGACUGGCAAAUGUCAUCAAUUGUCUUUAAAGUUUGAGCCAUCGAUUCUUUAUGUUGGUGACCGUUCACUUAUGGUUAGUUUCGAAUAGGCAACCUUGAGCCGUCCGAGCAAAUAAGAUGACACAAACAGGUUUUGUAUCAUGAGUUUGUACCAUGCACAUUACUUAGGUCGUCUCUAGAAAGUUAUGUCGGGACAAUUACGAAUCGAUCUUCAAGGGAAAAGUCUUGGCACAGUGUGAUCAAAGCUUGGAUUUGCAAAUAAAUAGUGGUUGAUAUGCCACCUUGUAAAAUCAGAAAGAUAGUACUUUGGAACUCAACUUGAAGUCAAAAUCAUUUUGAUUUGCA